GACCGGUAAUGCAAGGAACGUGCUGACAACAUGGAAAAUGAUAUACUAGACUCUCUAGAAGAUUUAAGGUAUGAUGGCCCAUUGUCAGAGGAACAGGCAUUCAAUGAUGCUGUGGAAGCAGGACCUGCCUCUGUGGAGUACACUAAGCUGGUAGCCUGGCUGACAGGACAACUUCGAGACUUUUGUGGUCUGGAAGAGUGUGCUAAUGCCAUCAACAGUCCUGAUGAAGCCUCCAACUUUAUUAUGGAACUCGGAAGUUGUUUGCGAGAAUUAAAUUGUCCAUAUAAGGAAUUGUUUGAGGGAACACAAGUCUCUGACAGACUCAACACAAAGAAAAGUCGACUACAGUUGCUUGAUUACCUUACAUCAGAGCUUGCCUCAGUGAGGAUGAUAGCAGCUAAACAACCAAGUCAGCUGAAGGCCAACAGUGCCCCUACCUCCACAAAGCCUGUAGAAAUGAUAGAGAGUGAUGUAGCCAAGCAUCUACGUAUCCUUUUAAUAGCACUUGAGAUCUCUAAACCUCCAGCCAGUAUUACUUCGUUUCAACUCUUCAGUAAAGUAGAGGCUAAGAUUCAAGAUCUUGUGAGUAAGUUCCCAAAUCAGGCAGGUACAUCUUUACUGAAGGCUCGCCUGUCUGAUAAACAGUGGGAUCAGGUGCUGAAGAUAAACGAGGCUUUAUGUCGCGAGUACCAGACAAGGCGUGAAAUGUUAUUGAAACGUCUAGAUGUCACGGUCCAGUCAUUCAUGUGGUCAGAGAAAGCCAAGCAAAAAGAAAAUGAUAUUGCUGCAGUAUAUCAACCCGUUCGAAAAAGUCUUCAGACAAAACCAGCCAUAGGAGUUGCUCAAAUCCUUUCAGCUAGGGACGACUUGACACGCCUAGAGAAGACUAGCAGUGGUGAUGCCAGGGAGAAAACAAAGUGUGCCAUAAACAGAGUCCUCAUACCAAAGGUACCAGACAGAGGAGGUCGGGCAUGGGAACUAGAGCCACCUCCGCCAGAAAUGCCGUCCUUUAUGAAGAGGGAGGCGGCACCACAGCGACCACAAAGUGGACAUGGAGGUGGUCGGGGUCGAGGAGGUGGAGGUGGAGGUGGAGGAAGAGGAGGAAAGGUGCAAGGAGGAUGGGGUGAUGCAAAUCCCAACCAACAAGGUGGCAACUGGGGUCAAGGUGGCGGUGGUUACAACCAAGGGAGAGGUGGGGGUGGCUAUGGUAACCAGGGCGGUGGCUAUGGUAACCAAGGUGGUGGCUAUGGUGGUCAAGGAGGAGGCUAUGGUAACCAGGGUGGUGGCUAUGGUGGCCAAGGAGGAGGCUAUGGUAACCAGGGUGGUGGCUAUGGUGGCCAAGGAGGAGGCUAUGGUAACCAGGGUGGUGGCUAUGGUGGCCAAGGAGGAGGAGGAGGUUAUCAUCAAGGUGGACAAAGUGAUAAUUAUCAAGGAGGAGGAGGGGGUGGAGGACGAGGGGGUAGAGGAAGAAAAGGAAGUGGUCGAGGUGGCAGAGGACGAGGUGGAGGAUACUGAUUGAUUGCAAUAUUUUAUAAUGAAUGUAAUCAAGCUUCUGAUUGGUCAUUUGUUUUGAUGAAUUGUUGGAAUGGAUGAGUAAGAGAUUGAGCGCUUUGAAAGCAUAAUUGGUGUUAUGUGGUGUUUGGUAUAAUACAUAAAGUGGUACAGUGUAUACUAGUGAUCCCUGCAACAAGACAAGCCAAUGAUGCCUGUAUAAUCACAGGCAAGACAGCAUCUGUUGAAUUCCAUAAAACCUAGUCUUGUUAGAAAUGGAGUUGUAUUACUAGAUAUAAAUAGCCUUAUUUUAGAUUCUCUAGCUUCAACUUCUUACAUUGUAAACAUAUUUAUAAACUGACAGGUACAACAAGGUGAUGGGAAAGCUAUGGUGUGAAUUAUGUAGCUAUAUCCUGUCACUAGAAUUAUAUAUUUUUAAUAUUUGAAGGAAUUAAGGUCUAAAAAUAUCCCGGUAUUGGGCAUUAGAGCAAUAGGUUUAGGUAAUUGAUAGUGAAAUAUAGGACGGUUGUUUGGAGGCAAGAGUUUGUGGUCUUUAUCAGUUAAUCUUGCAAUCUAAUUUAUAGUUUCUUUUAACAUUUAUUGUCUUAUAACUUGAAGUUUAUAAUAUAGGACUGGUAUUAAGUUCCCAACAGAUAUAUUUACAACAGAAGCUUUAACCUGCCAUCUGUGUCUGAUAUAUCCUCUAAUGUUUGUUUGUUUACAGAGAUACUGUGGUCUAGUUUAUAUUUACAUAUAAAUGUAAAGAUAUGUAUUGUUAGUGAAUGUUUUUAUCACCGCCCAUUUAUUGGGCGACAUUACCUCAAAUCUUACCACUAAAGUACUAGAAUGUUGUUUGAGCUCACUGUUAUUUGUAUAGAAGUAAGAAAUUAUUAUACAAAGUGUUACUUAUACUCAGACCUAAGGGUAUGCAAUAAAUUGUUUAUAACAGAGAAUUCACAAUACUGGCAUUUCCCUCUGUGUACAGUUCAGUGUUUUUUAUUUCAAUACACUCUGUUAUUUGAUAUUAACUUAUUUAAUAAACUGAAUGCAUUUUGUGUUUAUCUUUUACAAGAAAGCUCUUGGAAAACUGAAUUAGUAUGAUUUUACAUGCUAAAAAAGUUUUGAAUUUUGAGUCUUCAAUUCUUUGAUUGGAUGAAAAGUUUUGAGCUCAAUAUUACUGCUGCAAUAUUAUAAGCUCUAUCCGGCCAUUUCUAACCAAAGUGUUGUUGAAAUGUUUCUGUUUUAUAUUCUUCCCAGGUGUAAAGUGACACUAUGAAAUGUAGAAAGUGCUAUUUUGUCCUAAUCAUACUUGAUAAUAUUGUAAAAAGUGUGAUAGCUAAGAUGUUAAAAGCCUCAUGGUUAGUGAAUGAAUUUUAGUGCUAGUUUUUACCUCUCUGCUAUUGCAAAUAGAAAUACAUAUAUAUGUAUUUUAAUAUUAUUAUAUAUGAACAAAUGCUUCAUGACACCUUUUGUUUUGGACCCCCCUAUCAGACCUAUUACAGUCUCUUGUGUGUAUUUAGAAUUGGGACAGGGGUAAAAUUACCCUGUUUCCAGUGUUUUGGACCUCUUGUCUCUGUGGAUCUACUUGGAGAUCUGUACUGAGGGAGUAGGGACAGGAGUUAACUUCACCUCUUCUCUGUGUAUUGGACCCCACUAUCUCUAACUCAGUUUCCAUCUGCCUAGGGAAAGAGGGACAGGGGUUAACUUCACCUCUUCUCUGUGUAUUGGACCCCACUAUCUCUAACUCAGUUUCCAUCUGCCUAGGGAAAGAGGGACAGAGGUUAACUUCACCUAUUCUCUGUGUAUUUGACCCCACUAUCUCUAACUCAGUCUCCAUCUGUCUAGAGAAUAAGGACAGGGGUUAACUUCACAUCUUCUCUGUGUAUUGGACCCCACUAUCUCUAAUUCAGUCUCCAUCUGUCUAGAGAAUAAGGACAGGGGUUAACUUCACAUCUUCUCUGUGUAUUGGACCCCACUAUCUCUAACUCAGUUAACUUCACCUCUUCUCUGUGUAUUGGACCCCACUAUCUCUAACUCAGUCUCCAUCUGUCUAGAGAAUAAGGACAGGGGUUAACUUCACCUCUUCUCUGUAUUUGACCCCACUAUCUCUAACUCAGUCUCUGUAUCUGUGUAGGGAAUGAGGGACAGGGGUUAAUUCACCAAUUCUCUGUGUGUUGGACCCCACUAUCUGUAACUCGGGUUAUCUGCAGCUUUCCCUUAAAUAUUGAACCCGACUCUCUGACCCCAACCUUGAUCACGCGAUCUACUGUUACAGAUGUACAAUACUGGUAUGUUUCUCAGCAAACAUAUUUCAUGCCAAUGUAGUUUUUAACUUAUGCAAACCUAAGAAUAAAAUUUAUGAAGUA